AUGAAUAAAGCAACAAAAAAAACAAAAAACCAAAAUAAUGUUACCACCCAAAAAAAGAAAUUAUUAGACACAAAUAUUCAAAAUGAUGAAAACGAUUUAAAUUAUAAUCCCUUUACAACAAAGGAAACGAUAAAGCCAUUUGAUUUAGAUAUAGAAGAUGACAAAAUUGAAAAGACGGAGCAUAGAAAAGACCCAUUUAAGGAGUUGCUUAAGAAAAGGAUACAAGAAAUGAAUGCCAAAGUUGAGCAAACCAAAGAAAACCGAGAUGAUGAAACGGAAACAUUCGAAAAUGAAAUAGAAAAAUUUGGUAAGGAAUGGUAUGAAAAAAAUUUAGUGAAUGAUGUUCCAAGAAAAUUAACAAUUAUGUAA